GUGGUUGCUAAGGAGGCCUGGGACAGUUAUAAGUUGAGGAAUGACUCCAUCAUCACAGACAUAUUUCACGGGCUUCUCAAAUAUACGGUCAUAUGUCCAGAAUGUGACAAAAUCUCCGUCACGUUUGACCCGUUCUGUUACCUGUCAUUGUCGGUCCCAGUGAAAAAAGAACGUCAGUUAGAAGUGUUCUGGGUACCUCUAGAUCCUGCCAAAAAACCAAUGCAGUUCAAGUUAACAGUACCAAAGAUGGGGUGUGUAGCAGAUAUCUGCGAUGUCCUAUCACAGUAUGUGGCAGUCGACAAAAACUUUAUGGUGGUGACAGAUGUAUAUAACCAUAGAUUUCACAAAGUGUUUGCUAUGUCCGAGGCCAUCAGUCAGAUUAUGGAUAAAGAUGAUAUCUUUAUUUACCAGGUUCCUGUCAACUCUCACGAUGACCAUGAUCUAGUUGUAUUACCUAUCUACAUGAGGCAAGAGAGGGGAAAGGCAACAUACAGCCAGUCAUAUAUAGGAACCUACCAGUUAUUUGGUCAACCGUUGUUAUUACCAGUACCAAGACAAAAAUGUACCUAUAAACAGCUGUAUGAGUUAGUACUUCAACGGAUCUCACGUUUUGUAACUGUGCCAGCUGACAAUGAGAAAUGGUGGGUGAUGGAGACACAGGACGAGGAUGUGGAGAUUGUCUCCACCACUCAAGAAGAGGAGGAAAGUAACGCAACAAACAUGAAUGGACAGGGAGAUUCUGUCGUUUGUAACGGAGUUCGGGAUACAGGUGAUGAUUCUGGAAUGGAAGUUAGUAACGGUGACAGUACUAAUAGUGAGAAUUCCUCGGACAACGAAAAUAACAAAUUUUCAGAUAUAAAUGGUCAAACAGAUAGUGAUAAAGAAAUAGAAAAACCUAGAAAACUUUUUAAAUUCUCAGUAGUGAAUUCUUAUGGCACAGCGGAAAUGGAUAAUAAAUUCAAAGAUGAUGACAACCCUCUGAAACUGAGUAGUCAUAUGUACAUAUCAGUGGACUGGAGCAAUCUAGCUAAAGAACAUUUUUACUGUGAUAGUGAAGCAGAGUCGUUUGAAAUGCACGACACAAUGGAAAGUAAACCUCAGAAAAAAGUAGUCAUUCAACUCAAUGAUUGUCUAGAACUGUUCACAUCCAAGGAGAAACUGGGAGAGAAUGAUCCUUGGAACUUUCCAAAAUGUGAGAAACAUCAGCAGGCAACGAAGAAGAUUGAUCUGUGGUCGUUACCAGAUACACUGAUCAUACACCUGAAGAGAUUCUCCUACAACCGUUACUGGAGGGAUAAAAUUGAUGCCCUUGUCGAGUUUCCAGCAAAGGGCAUUGACCUUGGCAAGUUUGUUAUAUCUCCAGCAGAUAAAUCAGAGUAUGUGUAUGACCUUAUUGGAGUGUCCAACCAUUAUGGUGGUCUAGGAGGCGGCCAUUAUACUGCAUACUGUAAGAAUGCUGUAGAAAAUGCCUGGUACUAUUUUGAUGAUUCAAGUGUGUCCGAGUCUUCUGAGGAAGCCACUGUGUCAAAGGCUGCAUAUGUACUGGUAUAUCAGAAACGUGGCACUUGGAAGAACAUCAAGAACACCACAGCAGCUUCCUCAACCACAACAUCUGAGGACAUUGAAAUCAACGGCUUAGACUCGGAAAAAGGAGAUGGCGAGGCAAACAAAAUGGAAGUGAAUUGAUACAGAAUUUACUAGGAGUGCAAAUUUACAUUUAUUAUUUACUUUGUAUUUAUCGGUCUUGUGAUAGGGACCCUUGGAUUUUAUAUUUUGAUGUAUACAUAUUAGCAGAUGUUAUAUUAUUUGAUAAAUCCAAGAUUAUACAUUUGUUUUGCUAACCGUAUUAAGACAGAAACUGUGUUUUGUUAUAGCCAUAUCCUAAAAACCAGGCUGUUUUUUUAGAAAAGAAAACUUUGUUUUUAUUUAUAGGUGACCGAAUAGAGAUUUGAAAAAAUUGUCAAGCAUAGUGUAUGUUUGGUUGAUUAACUUGAGUUCUUCUCAGUGACUCUGGUUUUACUUUACUGAAUGCUUUGAUACUAAUUGGACAAUGUAGUGUAUCAUUACAAUGUACUCGCAUAAGAUACUUGCUUUCCAAAUAUUUGUUAGACAGAGGAAUGAUUACCUGCUUUCUUCAUUCAAAAAUCAUAUUUGUUAAUUUAUUAUAAUAACACAAGUAUUAAUGUAUAAAAUUAUGAUAUUGGGGGGGGGGCAUUUUUUCUGUUACACUGUAUUAAUUUCUAUUACCGUAAAUUUUGAAUUUUUAAGUGAACUCUUUCAUUAUAUUAAUAUAAGGUACCUUUUGGUACAAAACAGAGCGAUUUUCUGUAAAAAAAAAUUGUGUUUUUUAUUUAGUUAUUUUUCAAUUAGUUAUUUUCAAUAAAAACUCCUGAUAAGUAAGAGUAAUUACACUUUAGGAUUAGAUCUGAGUAAUACAUAUAGUUGAGGACAGAUUUGUCCUGUAUAUAUCGUUUAAGCGAAAUGAUUUGUGUUGAUUUAAAGUUUAGAAAUACAGUAUACAUCAUGUGCUAUUAUUAUAAAAGGAGAACUGGGAUAAAAACAGAUAUUACUAAUGUACUUUAAUAUCAUUAUAUUACUUCUUAACAUUUUGCUUAAGCUGCAAAUUAAAAAAAAAACUCACAAAAAAGAAAAAUCAAAAAUACUGUUUGGUGCUGUAACAGCGUUGCUUACACAAAUGGUUUGGGAUAUUGAAGCUUUAAACUGUGUCUGUGGCCAAGUGUAUGAGGUGGUUGACUUUGAACCACUUGCAACUAUUCGCUGUGGGUUGGAAUCCCAUUGAGGACUAUGGAUUAUUUUAUGUGAGGAAGCUAUCUGGCUAGCUUAUGGAACUUGGUUGUUCAAUAAAUUAAUUGUAGGGGGUUUUUUUAUCAAAAAGACAAUAUUUCUAUAUAUAGAUAAGUUAAUACAGUGGAAAAAAAAUCAAACGGUUAUGUGUACUAAAUGGUAUCAUUUUUAUAUUAUUUUAUAUUGGAGUAUGAUAUAAUUAUAAGUCAAGCUUGGGGAUUAGAACUACUUUAUUGCUGUAUUUAACUAUAUAUAUAAUGCAUAGCAUCUUGACAAACAACUGAUAUAUAUGAAUUGAUUGUGACCAUUAACAGAAGAUGAUAAAACUGACAUAUGUUAGAUACGCUGUGAUAAGGCAAGAGUUUUAUUACAAUGCCACUUUUUCCCUAUUGGCAAUAUUGCCUUACCAUAUUGAGGUUUUGGAAAUCCCACAAUAAGAAAUUAAGUAUUUCUUCAAUGUUGUUUUAUUAAGUACAUGCAUUAUUAGAUACAAAAGCAUAAAUCAUUGAGGUAAUACAAUAAUGGCUGGUAGAUAUUUUUUUGUUGCUUAUAAUGAUACAUACUGCACAAUAAUACAGUAAAUAUGUUAUGGGCGGAUGAAAACUUUAAAUAUGACAGUUUAUAAAGUUUCUAUAAAACUGUUUGCCUUCAUUUAUUCUUCUGUCUAUUUUUUCAGGGUAAUGAUAUUCUUUGAUUUAGUAAAAAAAACAAACACACAACUAAUUAUGUUGUAGUACUAUUAGCUGAGGGAAAUGGAUAGUUUUUAGUCUUUAUUUUUUUCUGGUACAGUUUCAUGUAGGUCUCUGCUCCAGAAACUAGAUGAAAACUUCCUGUUAAAGACUGGCUUUUGUUGUGAAACUUUAAUGAAAGUUUCUAUUCCAGUGACUUGAACUUAUUUCUAAGAACAAAGCAUUGAUUGCUUGUGAUGUGUUUAGUCAGACACUUAAAAUUGUUUGUUUUGAAAAUUGUGCAUGAAUGUUUUGUUUUUCUGUUUGGAAUGCAUGUGUUUUAGUUGAUAGUUUAUGUGGACAAAAUGUACAUUGGUUAACAAAGUAAAGAACUUUGCUAAAGAAAAGUGAAAUAAUAUUUGAUGGGGGGGGGGGGCAAUGUGUAUUUAUGAAUCAAGACUUUAAUUUAAUUUUAUUUAAAGAUGUUUAAAUCUAUAUAAAAAUAACUACCAUCUAUUUUCUAGUGUAUAGAAAUGCAGUUUGGUUAAGCCAACAAAAUAUUUUUUAUAAUUCAAUAUUGAGAGAGUAAACUAAUGAAAAAACAACAAAAGCUCCCCACCGAUGUUAUGUAAUUGUUGGUGAGAGUUUAAAUUUAAUUAGGAAGUCUUAAUUAAAAAUGGAUACUUUUGUUAAGAGGUUGUGGCUUAACAGGGGAGACCACUCUACAGGGGUUACUCUGUAGUCCCUCGUGAGUUUUCUACAACAAUGACAAUUUCCAUAUAAAUUGUUAAGUCGAUACAAGAAGUAAAACUCAUAUUUAGAAUAUUAUUUACUGAUGUUAUUGUAGGACAUUAAAGUGCUAUAUAAAUAUUUUGGUUCGAGAGGAAGUUGUGUAAUGAAUGAAUGUUUGUCCUCACUGAGUGAGAAAGUUUACAGUAUGUAAUAUUUCAUGCACGUUCUCUUGCACACUUUGUGCUAUAAUGAUGAUUGACAUGAAUUAUUUCAUACGUUUUCUGUUAACUUUAUGUUACUACCAAAUAAAAUUAUUAUUCUUA